UAUCAAAAAUAUAUUCAUAUUUCAUUAGAAGAUUGACGUGAACUGAUAGGCGCGAGUCUGAUGACUAGCCAUCAGUUUGUCGAUGAUCCUCCGAGCGCGUUCAUAACAGCUAUUCGCUGCUAUUGUUUUACUGGCAGAUGCUGAUUUUACAUUCGGCAGAAGUUGACAACAACUGCCAAUGUGCGCCCUUACUGAUCAAAAUGUACGGUAGUUUAAGAAUCAAAUAUUCUUGUACACCGUUACUCAUACCUACUAUCUACAGUUAUGUUUACCCAAGGUUUAUGAUCUUACCCUUACCGCGUCACCGUCGGCUUAGGUAUUCACGGAACAAUAGAGUUCUAGAUAAUUACUUAACGGGAUACUGCUUCGAAAAAUAAAGUCUUUAGAUCAAUGUUAUCAGUUCAAGCAGUAUCAACUCCAACUUCAAAUUAAUACUUUUCUUGACACAGUGCUUCUCUGUUUAACAUAAUUACCAAAUUGCGACAAUACGAUAAUCAUCAAGAUUUCAUUACCAAUCAAGUAUCAGAGACUAAUGGAGCACACUUUGACGAUGAACACACCUUUUCAUGCAUUCCAAGUACCUGAGCGACCAGAGGUAACAUCGUACCGAAAGCAUUUGAGACUUAAAAAGAGCAUGACAUUGCCUGAUGACACCUUGGAGUAUUGGGGCUUCUAUCUUCUCAAAGGAGCAACCGUAGUUCUAUCUGUUUGUUCCAGAUUCCCAGGUGGAUCUAUACUUGUUGUCAAAGGAGAAAGAAGUCUGCGAACUUGUGGUGUGAUGGAACACGCUGAUCAAAAAGUUUUGAAUGAAGAAAAUUACUUAAUCAUGUCGAAACAAGUUCACGUUACGGUUGAAUCAAAUACUCAAAAAAUGAGUAGGCAAUCAUCAAUGAAGAAUAAGAAACCUAAUCAAACUGUAUCAAUACCUCAUUCCAACAGUCUACUUGAUUCAAAGAAUGAAAAUCAGUCAACAUUUCGUGGAAAAACCAAUAUGGGCAAAAGUAAUGAUCAUGACCAAAUGAAUCCAACGAAUCAUCCAAUUCGCAAUAGUGUCUCCAGCUUAAACUUAUCUCAAAUUUCAAACAAUACAGAUCUUCAAAUAGCAUUGUUACAAAAAGCAGCUAUUAGUCAUAUACAAAAACAUUCUACCGUUCGUGAAAGUUCAACCCAAAAAGGUAUCGAUAAGCUUAGGCACAUGAGAAAAAAAAUGAAUUAUAUCAACAGCAAGUGGGAUAGCAAGAAUGAAACUAAAAUUUCAACUUCUGAUGGUCAAAAAAGAAAAGAAAAUGAAUUACACCCAGUAGAUAUUGAUCGCAAGAGUGUAGAGAAACGUGAAACCCAUUCCCUUAAUAAAGAAUUGUUCUCAGAGCGUGAAGAACGUAUACGCAAGCUGGAAACUGAGUUAAACUCUUAUUCGCAAGGUAUAAAUAUUGAGGAUGAUGGAAUGGACAUUGAAAACAAUAAUCAUCAUGUAAAUAAAAGACAGCCAAAGGCCAUCGAGCCUUCGGUAUUAUUAGAUAGAGGAGUAGAACAUGGUGGUAAUGCUUUCAAUUUUACGAGUACAGGCGAAGAUUCAUCCAUUUCAAGUUUUGAAAAUGACUUGCUAACGUGCUACAAUGGACAAAUAUUGCUUACUCAGGAAUUUGAUCCCUCUGAAUUAUGUACGAACAUCAGUUUCUUAGUGAACAGCAAACGGAUCCAUACUCAACACAAUGUUGUAGAAAGUGGCUACUACUACUACAUAUUCUACAGUGACAAUGAUUAUGUUUCGAACGAUAUGCAUGCCAUUUUUGAUAUAUACAAGCCAACUUAUCAAUUCGAAAAUGUCACUGAGUCAUGUAUUAACCAAACCGAAUGUUCAUUUAGCAUUGAAUUGCUUUCUGGAGAUCGUGUUAUUGUAGAAAUACCAACUAGGAAUGGAAUCGAUCGCGAAGACAACAACAUGACGCUGCUCACUUCAACGUGUUACCCCAGAGUGGGCAUGUAUACCGUGUUUCCAAUUGCUGUUCUACUGUUAAUACUGGGGUGUGCUUUUCUAUGAAACUGUAUUCAAAUCUUCUUUAAGGAGCUCAAUACUUAUGUUGAUACAACAAUUGACUAAUUGUUAUUUUCUCGUGCCACGAGCAUGUGAAAAAUUUUUAAAUCAAUAUUUUCUAUGCAGUCUAAGGAUAAAAUAUCUAGGAACAAUAUCUUUUCCUGAAUUCAGCAAUUUUCGUAAACAUAUUCGUAUGUUGGUAUUUAUUUUUUGAAGUUGUAACUUUGCAGAGUCACUCUGUAUUUUGAUAGAUUCACCAAAACUAUUUUAAUACAACGAAUUUGAUACAUUUUUUCCAUCACAAAGGUAUGCAGUAAUCAAAAAAUGAGGACGAGAAUUUAUUAAUUCUGAAACGAUUAAAAUCCAACAAUAUGUGUGUGGCAGGUUGUGAUAAAAGCCGUGAGCAAAGACGAUGUUAUGUUUAUAAAUAUUUCUGUCAUUUUUAAGCUAUGUAUACACUUGUUGAAUAAAGAUAAUUAUUUUACACACAGUCUCAAA